CCAAGCUUGACUUCUCAUCUGUCGGAGGCGUGGCCUAUUACCCAAGUGUCGCAUCUCUUUUCCAAGGUGCUCUGCAUCACGACAAUAGCCUAUAGAACAUUUAUGCCACAUCUGACAAGACUACAGUAUGACAAACUAUUAAGUCAGUCUUUUUGUGAAGCCACACUGCCGAUCUGGCACAGGAAUCAGUGCGACAGCGCUGCAGUGGCCCGAACAGGAGGAGAGGUUUUCAUGGUGACGCGGCUGUGACAGGCCGCUAGAGGGUGGCAGCCAGGGACAAACACCCGAGUACUCUGUCUGGAGAUCUCCUUAUAGGCUAAAUAACACGAGAGGAUGGAAGGUCAAAGCAUGUCUUUACUCGGCAAGAUGAUGGCAGUUAUAGGGAUAAGCGUGGUAGCAGGUCUCAUCGUGCACGUGCGAGACCCGUUGGACUCAAUUUUAGGAGGUGGAUACCCGGAGCUGUGGAGGAAAGCGGGACUUGUAGGUGCCCCAGCCCGGGCCGUGGCUUGCAUCUUCGCCGGGGUUUCCCUUCUUGCUAUGGGCUGGCUAUAUAGACUGCUGUUUGCCCCGCUAGAACUGCUCAGAACUCCCGACGAGGUUGGAUACAUUGCCGAAGACGGUCGCUCCCGCGCCCAAGCGGCAAACGAAGUGCGUCGGAGACGAAAAACUGGCGAACUGCCACCCGUUUAUCCCAACGGCUGGUAUCGAGUAUUGGAUUCUCACAUGCUGGAGCGAGGGGAUGUCAAAAACGUAACUGUUUUAGGUGAGCAGGUGGCAGUGUUCCGGGGCACAGAGGGCAAAGCCUACGUGGUGGAUGCCUACUGCCCACACCUGGGGGCCAACCUGGCAGUGGGGGGGCGUGUGGUGGGGCAGAGCAUAGAGUGCCCAUUCCACGGCUGGCAGUUCCGGGGGGAAGACGGAAAGUGUGUGAGGAUCCCCUAUGCAGAGAAAGUGCCAGAGUUUGCUAAGGUGCGCUGCUGGCGCAGUAUGGAGACCAAUGGUCAGGUUCUGGUGUGGUUCCACUGUGACGGAGAGGAACCUGGCUGGACUGUACCAGAGCAGGGGGAGAUCACACGAGGGGAAUGGGUCUACCGGGGCCGCACAGAGCACUUCAUCAACGCACACAUAGAGGAGAUCCCUGAGAAUGCAGCAGAUAUUGCCCACCUGGCCCACUUGCACACACCAGGCAUUGUGAGUGGGGUUGACCUGCGCUACACCAACAGCAAGACCUGGGAGUUUGUGAGGCACGACUGGAAGGUGCAAUGGGAAGCUGAGUCUGAGCCCACUAAACACUGCUCCCAGAUGCUGGUGAAACAUGCCCUGACUGUGUUUGGUCGCCACUGGCCUCUGCUGGACAUGGAUGUAGUGGCUCGACAGGUUGGUCCAGGGGUGGUGUUCCUGCUGUUCGACCACAGUUUCCUGGGUCGGGGUGUGAUCAUGCACUGUGUGACGCCCGUGGAGCCUCUAUUGCAGUGUGUGUCCCACACCAUCUUCUACCAGAGCAACAUCCCCCCACUGGUGCCCAAGUUCAUCCUGAGGGCAGAGUGCAUCCAGUUUGAGCGGGACGUGAUGAUCUGGAACAAUAAGAAGUACAUCUCUAAGCCCCUGCUGGUGAAGGAGGACUCUGCCAUCCAGAAACACAGGCGGUGGUUCAGUCAGUUUUACAGUGAUAACAGCCCUCGCCUGCGCUACCAGCACAACACACUGGACUUCUGACCUCUCACACACUGAAAGAAGCACAGGAAAGCCAAAAGGAGGUACUGGUCCAAAAACACGUUCAAUGUCCAAAAGGUAUUCAAAUAUAAAAGAGAAGAGGACACCCUUGGACUCUGAAUGGGGAUAAAUUUAACACCAGAAAAUUGUUAGUCUUUUGUAGCAGCCAUAGUGUCAAUGCAGUCAGCUCUUUCAUGGUUAAUGGAUUGUGGGGUCUUGUGAUGCAAACCAGCUGUAGUAAAAGCAGUAUUUGUUAUUGUUUUGAUAACUGAGCUGCAACCAAGUGCCCAAAGGGACUUUUAUUCUACCAAAGCCCCGAAGUCGUGCUGCACAUUUUCACUGAAUUGGACUUCCGUAGCAAGAAACAAUGUUGCUGGGAGGAUUCAAAGCAAAGAAACUGAAUGCCCUCACAUCUCCCUUUAGAGUUGUACAGGUGUAAAAAGAGACCAGACUAUCUUUGGCCAAAUGAACACUCCUGUGGGAACUUGGUGAGAUUCGCUCUGACCUCGUUUAAGUGCCAAGCUAUAGCUACUCUGUGAUCCUAUAGGAUUGAUGGGACCUGAGGACUGCUCCCUUUUCACAAUCCAGUUUAUCCACAUCUCAAUCUUACUGGAUUCAGCCCAUAUUCCUGUGAAGACCCAGCAGAACCAACCAAUAUGAAUAGAUAUGCCAGAAUUGCCUAGCUUUAUUGUAGCUGAUAGUAAGAGUCUAUACUGUGUGAAUGAACAGGAAUGUAUUGGAAACCGGUGUGCUGUCUGUACAUUGUUACAUGAUUCCAGCAGGCUUCAGUUUGAUCUCUGUACCUCCUGGCAUUAUAGACCUGUGACUACCAUACAAAAUAGGUCAGUGUAAAAAACAUAACUCGCUAUAACUUAAAAGAUGACAUUUCUUUUCAGCCUAAGCUCUCAAGGAAACUCCAAAUCAGGCAAUCAAGACUUGUGAAGACAUCACUGUGUUCCAAAAUGAGUGCUUAAAGCAUUAAUGUUUAAUGAAAGCUGGCACCCAGCCCCAGCUUCAGGCCCUUUCAGGAGUGUUUGUGUCCCCUGGAAAAUAUCUUAAAGCUCAGUUUCUGAUUGACCCUGCCAACUGAUAGUGGUUCUCUCACAUUAACCCUGAAUAGAUUAUGCAGUUCCUUUGUACUAUGCACCAGUAUGAUGACAGUAUUGGAAUGUUGGUACCAGGUAGUUACCAAAAUGCUGAAUUUGAAUAGUUUGAAAUAAGUAUUAGAAAGUAUCAAAACCAGGUGGAAACAGUAAAAUGAAGUACUACCGCACACUGUGUAGACAUGAGGAUAACAAUUAUAGUCAAAGGUCAUUACUCAAGACAGUAUGCAGAAUAUAUUUACAUGUGGAUCGCUUAUUGACAAAGCCAUUUUGACAAAGUAUUUAGCAGAGAUGUCCUAUAAGAAACUCAGUGUUGUUGUUUGUAGCUUGUUCUUUCUCUAUUACAUAGCUGUGAGUCCCGUUUGUGAUGAGGAAGGGCGGGGUUAUCCAAGGAGUUUCAUGGCUUCAUACCGCAGUUGUGCACUAUAUAUGCACUCAAAUGUAGCAAAUAUCAUGUGGCAAAAUUGUUUGAUUGAGUUGCUUCGCGCCAGACUUAAAACAUGCUCCCUAAUGAGAAAAGCUGUGAGAGUGCUAACAUGGUGUUACUGUGCUAAUGAUACAGUACAUUAUUACCAUAUUAGUGCUUUGUGACUGUGCAGGUCUAUACAGACCAUUGGUAUGUACUUGCAUUAUAUGAUGCUGUGUUACUGGCUGUACUCUGAGAUUGCUCCAAAGAGCCAGAUUCUGUCUGCACUCUGUGACAACAAUGAUGCCGUUAGGUUGUACCAAAUACUGUACAUGUCUGUCUGCUCUGAUGGAAGUGUGAGCAUAAUGACCCGUGAAUAAGUGUACUGAUGAAGCUGAAUGUGCUUUGUGACUGCAUUGAAGUUCUGGGUCAGGGGUCAGGGUUAGUGUGACUGUUCUAACUGAUCCCAGUUGGCCCUUUAUGGCCAAUACUCACAGUUACCCCAAAGUGGGGAGGUUGGUUUAGAAAAAUGAUUAGCAAAGGUAGAAUAGCACAAUAAUAUGUGUUUAACCCACCUUUGUUCAUAUGACACAGCAGAUUGGAAAUAUUAUUUUUGUAAAUGCAUUGUCUAGAAAUGCAGCAUUUAUGUAAAUCAGCAGAAUAAACAUACUCAAAUCA